AUGGCCCUUCGCAUGUUCUGCAAGGGCUUCGUCCGCGGCCUGACACACGGUCAAAGCUCUGAAGAGUGGCCUCAUUGUCCCGUAGUCUGUUGCGAUACUCUCAAGAAGAUGGUAAGCACCGGGCGUGCCUCGGCGAUCAGAUGCUGGAUCGAUGGGGGCAUGCUGGGGCUCAUCGGCCCGGGCGGCAAGGCGGAUCUCACAAAGUUCUCCUCACAUUCGGAGGGCUACGUCCAGGUCAACCUCAUGCUCACGGACAAGUUCUUGAGCUUUGAGAAGACCACCGGCAUCGAGUUUGUGUGGAAUUGCCAGGACGCGAGUAAAACGCCAUUUGGAAAGCUCCCCGAGACCACAGGUAUGACGGUUUUCGGGUUAGCUCGCGCGGCCAUGCUGGUGCUAGAGCCGGAGCACGGAUGUUCGAGGGCCGACAUGCCCAAUUGCGAGUUCUGCGGCGGACAGACCCAGCCAUGCCGGGAAUUUCUUUACGAUGCGUAUAAGAAGGCGUUUGAGGGGUUCCUGAAGCUAGACGUGGUUGUGCAGGCCAACUUUGGCUUGUUCUCAGAAGAGCAGCAGGCCGCGUAUUCGGUCGCCAUCUCGCUGGUCACGUUGCGGGUCAUGGCGGUGCAUUUAGGCAUGGACAGCUCGGCGAAUGAGCUGUCCGCCAUUCUGAACAGCUGGCUCCCGAUCCUUGCCAAAGCCUGGUGA